UAAGGGAAGGGAAGGGAAGAGAAGAAGAGAGAGAUGGAGAUGUCCUCAACUGCAGCAGUUCACUGCUGUCCGAUUCCCUCCGUCUCCAAGCCUCGACCCUCACCACUCUCUUCUCUCAUGCUACAAGCAAAAGGCUUCCUUCUCUCUUCCUUGGCUCCUUUGGGCCUUGCCAUAGUUCUUAGCUCUCCCUUGCCCUCCGUUGCAGCACUCCCUUAUCCUAAUCCUCAGUCUCCUCCUUCCUCACCUGCCACUCCCUACGCGCAGUCUCAGAAGCUGCAGCUAGGGCUAGAGAAUGGGAAGAUUAGAGCUUGUCCAUCCAUCAAUCCUGGUUGCGUCUCCACGAACCCGAACUCGUCGUCGUUUGCUUUUCCAUGGAUGAUCCCUGAUAAUUUCUCGGGAGAUGUCAUUCAGGUGAGCAAUAACUCGUUUGAUGAAAUGCCACUAUGUGCUCUCUACAUGUAUCCUCUCUCUCUCUCUCUCUCUCUCUCUCUCUCUUUCUUUCUCUUAAAACAGAGUUUGCGUGAUGCAAUCCUGAGAACACAGCGGAACGUUGAGUUCAAGGUAGACGAAGAAACACCUGACGGACAAAGCAGGGUGACAUACUUGACAUUGCAUUUAUCAGGGAACUAUAUACAAGCAGAGGUUGAUGGAGGAUUUGGACGUGAUGUAAUGGAGUUCCUGCUUUAGGUGACUCCAAAGGACAAAUUGAACGAAUCAACAGAAUCAAGGAAGAAUUGGGUUGGUAUGCUCCCAAUUUUGAAUCCAUGGAUUAAACAGGUUGGUUUCUGUAAAAUCACCUCUAUAGCAUAUUUUCUCUGUAUAUGCUGCAAACCAAGUGUAUUGAAUGGCAUUGAUUGAGCACAGGCUAUGUGCCUUUAUGCGAUGGUACCAGAUGAUGAUUUAACAAAACUUUGAUGAAUUGAAAUCUUUUUUUUUCUCUUGUAUGAUGCUUCUGUUAAGGCAUUACGUUGUAUGUCUAAUAUCAUUAGAAAUUUCUUGAGCUGGUCCAUUUCCUGGCAAUGGAGUAAGUCAUCUUCAAAAGGGCACAGAAACUAGAGGUAAUUGCUUGGAACAUAAUUAUCUGUCAAUCUCAUGUGAGCUGUGUAAAUGAUUAAGAAGUAUGACCUAGUACUGAUAAAGUAAGAAAUUUUAGUCUCGUCUACAGAAUAAUAGAAAGUAAGAAUAAAAGUUUGAAAUUACAGGCAUGACAUUGCUCAUCCCAUACUGAUCAGAAGAAAAUGAUUUUAUUGCUAGUAUGCCUGUUGUACAUCUGAAGGUCAUUAAUAUCAGCAUUCACUCACUAGAAGUGUCUUUAUUCAUUGCUUUUCACUGUUGACUAUCAGACAGUUUUCCUUUGAACUAAUUCCUACUGCUCUCAUUACUCACAUUAGCUGAAGGAAACCUUCGAAGUCUAAAUUCUAUGCCUAUUCCCAGGGGAUCUAUACAGGAAAGAUGCUUUAAAUCUUAGAUAUCUGGUUGUUUAGAUAAUGUGAGUACCACCUCAAGUUCCUCUUAUUACCAUUUAAAUGCUGUUUUGGCAGCCUUUUUGUUGUUUGACUGCACAACUGCAGUUUGUAGAUUUAUGGUUCUGGAAAAUUUUCCAAGAUACUGAUUUUCCUGGAUGAGUACACAUUAGAAAGUGAAAUUAUGUUAAGUAAAAGUCAUUGAUGAAAGCACUAAACAAUUAACUUGUUCUCAGGAUUCAAAACAAUAAAAACCUUCUUUUCAGAAUCUGUUGAUGUUUUCACAAGAAAUUUUUAAAGAAAGACAUGAGCUGUAACAUUCUAGAAAUGACAAGAACACACAAUUGGAGUAUGUAAGGUUCGAACUGAAUCGAACCUGAUUUGAUAAAGUUGUCACAUGUGCAUUGUGAUGUAUUGAUGGUUAUUUGCUGCAAAAUACUAUCCCAUUUGACUAUAUGGGAGCAUUUAGGGACCCAUGUGGUGAAAGGGACUUUGAAGAACUUAUUGCUUCACUUGUUGAACAGGUAAAAGUAAUCAAUGCUCUACCAUCUCAUGCCUUGCUUGAUCAAGUUACACACUGAGCAAAAGAAAGCAAUGUGUAAACCUACUAUUUUUGUUAGUAACCCUCUGAAGGAAGGUCUUUUAUGGUCCAACUAAGAUGAAAAAUACUGUCCGAAAAAUGCCUUUCCCAAAAGUAAACCUAGAGUGAAGUUUUGAACCAAAUCUAACCCUUCUUUCAUAAAAUUGAUCACUGAGCUCCCUUUUGAGACUUAUUCAUUGUGAUGUUACAAACAGCAGAAUCAUGUUAUAGAUAUCUUUUCUUUUUUUAAGUUGGAUUUGUGUUCCAUCAGCUCUGUCACUUAUUUUUCUAACAUGAAUGGUUAUCCACAAAAUAAGCUUAUCAUUUCCCCAUAUUUUACAGCAAUAGUGUAUUAAAGUUUCAAAGUUUUGUUUUCAUUGGAUUAGUUUAAACUCAUACUUGAGAGGAUUUUUUACUGAGUUGACUCUGGCUUUUGAAU